AUGACUGAGAUAGUCCCUUUUGAAUUGGCCAUUUCACAGGCCGCGAUUGACGAACUGAAUGCGCGCUUAUCUGCGACUCGUUUUCCCGAGGCAGAAACAACAGGUGAUUGGAAUCAGGGAGUGCCGCUGGCGUACGCUCAGGAAUUAGCGCAGUACUGGUUGAACGAUUACCGCUGGGCUGAUCGACAGGCCUACUUCAAUCGGCAUGCCCAAUUCAAAACGCGUAUCGACGGCCUGGAUAUUCAUUUUAUUCAUGUGCGCAGUCCUCAUGAACAUGCGCGACCGCUGAUUGUUACCCAUGGCUGGCCGGGCUCUGUGGUUGAGUUUCAUAAAGUGAUAGACGCUCUGGCAGACCCGACUGUGAAUGGUGGUGAUCCUGGAGAUGCGUUUCACGUAGUUUGUCCGUCGUUGCCUGGUUAUGGGUUUUCCGAUAAGCCCACAGGUACGGGUUGGGGAGUAGAGAAGAUUGCACAAGCCUGGGACGAGCUGAUGGGCCGUUUGGGUUACAACAGAUAUUUUGCGCAAGGCGGUGAUUGGGGUUCUGCGGUGACUACCGCGAUCGCAAUCCAGAACCGGGGACGCUGCGCGGGUAUUCAUGUGAAUAUGCCUAACGUGCGCGCCACCAAAGAGGCGCUGGAGAAGCCGAAUGAAGGAGAUAAGCGGGCACUUGCUGGCGCACAAUACUAUCAGCAGUGGGGUGCGGGGUAUUCAAAACAACAGAGUACCCGACCGCAGACGUUAGGCUAUGGGUUGGUGGAUUCACCCGUGGGUCAGGCGAUGUGGGUCAUUGAAAAAUUCUACGAGUGGACCGAUUGCGACGGCCAUCCGGAAAAUGUCCUGACAAAAGAAGAGUUGUUGGAUAACGUCAUGUAUUACUGGUGGCAGGGCAACGGCGCUUCGUCCGGUCGGUUGUACUGGGAAAGCUUUAAUCAGGCGUUUGCCGCGGGUCAGGACAAUACUGUGAAGCUGCCAACAGGCUGCAGUAUUUUUCCCAAAGAAAUUGUGCCUGCGCCGCGCAGCUGGGCGGAAAAGCGCUACAAGAAUAUUGUUUACUGGAAUGAGUUGGACAAAGGCGGGCACUUUGCCGCGUUUGAACAACCUGAGCUGUUCAUCACUGAAUUGCGCAACUGCUUCCGUCUGAUGUCUUUGUAG